GAAGCUGAUGAAGCAGUUUCUGGUGCUCCAGAGACAAGGCGUCCAGAGUCAUGUCCCUCACCACACCACUGUGGAGGACAUGAGCAACUGGCUUGUUAAGAACAAGACCCUGGAGCAAAACCCUGAGGUCUGCGAUGAGGUUGUAAGAGCUCUAAAGAGCAUUUCCCGGAGCCUGGCCUUCCAGCCGUACUCCAAGCUGUGCUGUCCCUCUAAGGUGGUGGUGGACAUCGUGCCCAGGCUGCUCCAGGCCCUCUGGUCCCGCCAGAUGGAAGGCCCCUGUGACAUGUCCUCCAUGGCCCUGAGCAACAUGAGUGUCACCAAAGUGCUGGCAGUAGUGGAUAACCUCUCUGGAGUUCUGAAGGCCCUUCCUGUCGCUCAGGUCUACUACUCACGUUCCACUGGUGUCAGGAUGGUCCACUCACUCAACCGUAAGAUCCAGUUCCUAAGCAGCCCUGAGGACCUUAGGAGGACUCUUUUAAUCCAAAGUUCCACCCUGAUCAGCACCAUCAUUGAAGCUGUGAGCACGAAAGUCCAGAGGAUGUUUGAAGCUCCUGCUGACUACAUUCCAUUAAGCUCUAUCCGCAGCUGGCUAUCAGAGCCAAAGGCGAGCGAGGUUCGUCCAAAGUGCUCUGACCAGCUGGUAAUCUCCUCGGAGCUCCUGAGGACCAUCAUUGGUCUGAUAGUUUAUGUAGUCUUCGAAGGCCACCUAGAGGAAGACAUCAACCUUCAUUACUGGCCCCUCAUAAAUGACAUAAUCCACCAGCUGUCACUGUGUGGGGUCAAAGUCACAAAGAGAGCGAGCAAGGCUAACUGGCAUCUUGGCUGGGACCAGAUCCUUGAGAUGGUGACAAACAUCCAUACCCAUCUUCACCACUACACUGGCACAGAGCUGGUACUUAGGUUUGCAACAUCUGCCAGGGCCACCAUGCUAACGAGGCACAUGGUUCACCAUGUGGUCGAGGAGCUGGUAAAGCUGAAGGACUUGGAUGAAGGGACAACAGCUUCAGGGAGCAGUGAGUCUGUGGACGUGAACCUGGCAAUCACCGACCACUUUGUCCCUAUCCUUGUCAAAGCGGUGGACUGGCUUCAACCCCUGGCCACUACCCCAGCGGUGGACAUAGCAGCACCCCUAAUCACUAACUCAGUCAAAGUGGACAACAUCACAACAACCCUGACCACUACACCAGUUGACCUCCAGUCAGGGGAUGUUGUGGUCAAACACCCAGCACCCUGCAUUCCAACUGCAGGCUUUGCCACGGCACCAUGCAUACUACCCCCAGGCUUUGCCCCGGCACCAUGCACCCCACCACCAGGCUUUGCUCUUGCUUUUCCCCAGCACCCUGCCCCCCCACCACCAGGCUUUGCCCCAGCACCCUGCAUUCCACCCCCAGGCUUUGCCCCGGCACCCUGCACCCCACCACCAGGCUUUUCCCCAGCACCCUGCAUUCCACCCCCAGGCUUUGCCUCGGCAUCCUGCACCCCACCACCAGUCCCUCCCCCGUCCAUCCUGAGACACAUUGUCCUCCGGUUCUUGGAGAAGUCAGGCUGUGCUCCGGCACACUGCACCCCACCACCAGGCUUUGCCCCGGCACCCUGCACCCCACCACCAGGCUUUGCCCCAGCACCCUGCAUUCCACCCCCAGGCUUUGCCUCGGCAUCCUGCACCCCACGACCAGGCUUUGCCCCGGCACCCUGCACCCCACCACCAGGCUUUGCCCCAGCACCCUGCAUUCCACCCCCAGGCUUUGCCCCGGCACCCUGCACCCCACCACCGGGCUUUGCCCCAGCACCCUGCAUUCCACCCCCAGGCUUUGCCUCGGCAUCCUGCACCCCACCACCAGGCUUUUCCCCAGCAACCUGCACUCCGUCGCCAUGCUUUGCAGCUAAUGCCAUGCCAGGCUUUGGCACGAAAGUCAUCCUGAAACUAAUGGUCCUGCUAUUCCUGGAGAGGCUCCCUCCUGCAUCAGAGGACCUUGUGUCAGAGUUCCUCACUGUCGCCGAUCGUAUCUGCACGCUGUUUCAAAGCAUCACUGCCAGAUUCCGCAACAUCAUUAAUGAGGACCUGGAGAAAUGUACAGACUCUGACAGUAAGCAGUACUGGGCUAACACCUUCUACUGGGAGUACAUGAAGAGGUACCCAUCAUCCCAGUGCCUGGGGAUUGAAGCCUUCACAUGUGAUGAGGAGAGAUGUUUAGUGGUGGCCAACUUGUUUGCAAAGAAAAUGUACCCCAAGAUGUUCCUCUCAGCAGAAGACUUCGACACGGCUGAAGAUUCAGGGAGCAAUGGAUCUGUGGACAUGAACCUGGCAAUCUCCGACGAAUUUGUCCCUAACCCUGUCAAGGUGUUGGAGGUGCUUCGACCCCUGUCACUGCCAGACAUCAAAGAGCCCUUGACCACUAUCCAUGACAAAGUGGUGGACAACACAACAACAACCCUGGUUGCUGCCCCAGUUAAGAUGGACAACAUCACAACACCCCUGGCCCUGACCAUUAACUUAGUCAACCUCAAGGUUACGGAUGAACCAGUUGACCUCCAGUCAGGGGAUGUUGUGGUCAAACACCCAGCACCCUGCAUUCCAACCGCAGGCUUUGCCACGGCACCAUGCAUACUACCCCCAGGCUUUGCCCCGGCACCCUGCACCCCACCACCAGGCUUUGCCCCAGCACCCUGCAUUCCACCCCCAGGCUUUGCCCCGGCACCCUGCACCCCACCACCAGGCUUUUCCCCAGCACCCUGCCCCCCACCACCAGGCUUUGCCCCAGCACCCUGCAUUCCACCCCCAGGCUUUGCCCCGGCACCCUGCACCCCACCACCAGGCUUUGCCCCAGCACCCUGCAUUCCACCCCCAGGCUUUGCCUCGGCAUCCUGCACCCCACCACCAGGCUUUGCUCUUGCAUCCUUCCCCCCACCACCAGUCCCUCCCCCGUCCAUCCUGAGACACAUUGUCCUCCGGUUCUUGGAGAAGUCAGGCUGUGCUCCGGCACACUGCACCCCACCACCAGGCUUUGCCCCGGCACCCUGCACCCCACCACCAGGCUUUGCCCCAGCACCCUGCAUUCCACCCCCAGGCUUUGCCUCGGCAUCCUGCACCCCACGACCAGGCUUUGCCCCGGCACCCUGCACCCCACACCAGGCUUUGCCCCAGCACCCUGCAUUCCCCCCAGGCUUUGCCCGUCACCACACAGGCUUUGCCCCCAGCACCCUGCAUUCCACCCCCAGGCUUUGCCACGGCACCCUGCACCCCACCACCAGGGCUUUGCCCCAGCACCCUGCAUUCCACCCCCAGGCUUUGCCUCGGCAUCCUGCACCCCACCACCAGGCUUUUCCCCAGCAACCUGCACUCCGUCGCCAUGCUUUGCAGCUAAUGCCAUGCCAGGCUUUGGCACGAAAGUCAUCCUGA